AAUUGUUGUGAUAAACUUAUUAAAUAGAGAUGGACUUCCAAAAUCGAGCUGGAGGAAAAACGGGGAGUGGAGGGGUAGCAUCUACCUCUGAGACUAAUCGAGACAGAAGAGAGCGUCUGAGGCAGUUAGCUUUAGAGACUAUUGACUUGGCCAAGGAUCCGUAUUUUAUGAAAAAUCAUUUGGGCUCUUACGAAUGUAAAUUAUGCCUAACUCUACAUAAUAAUGAAGGAAGCUAUCUAGCCCAUACACAAGGUAAAAAGCAUCAAGCGAAUCUUGCUCGUCGAGCUGCGACUGAAGCAAAAGAAGCUGCAAUCCAGCCGGCGCCAGAGAAACCAAGAGUGGACAUCAAGAAGUUCGUGAAAAUCGGAAGACCAGGAUAUCGUGUAACAAAACAAUUAAACUCAGCAAACAAACAACAAAGUCUUCUUUUCCAAAUUGAUUACCCUGAAAUUGCUGAUGGAAUUGUACCGCGUCACAGAUUUAUGUCGGCAUACGAGCAACGCAUUGAACCCCCAGACCGAAGAUGGCAAUAUUUACUCUUUGCUGCGGAGCCAUACGAAACUAUAUCAUUCAAAGUACCGUCUCGAGAAGUCGAAAAAGGGAGCGACGACAAGUUUUUCACGGUAUUCAACCCCGAAACAAAAACAUUCUUCUUGCAGUUCUCUUUCAAGUUACAAGAUAGAUCGUUUCCGAAACAACAGCAAUCAGGACCUGUGCAUGCACCACAGUUGGGAGGGGGCGAUAGGCUUCCAAUGUACAGUGGACCUGGUGGACUACCUAUGCCCCCUCCUCCUCCGCCUCAUUUGGGCCCCUCUCUGACACCUGGUCCGAUGCCGACACCAAUUGGAACCCCGAUGCUACCUCCUCCCCCACCACCUUCUGUUUAAUUUGUUUUGAGAAUGCUGUUUUUGUC